AUGUCCAACCAAAUCGAAGAUCUUUGCUAUCGACUGAAACAAGAUCUUCGUCAAUUCAACAGUAAUCUAACACCAAUUAGUAUUAUUAAACCAUCUUCUAGCACUAAUCGUGAUGAAUUAGAUCAAUCAUUUAUGUAUUCACAAUUAUUAAAAGAGAUUAUUCUAGACAUACCAUAUGAUGAUAAAGCAAAACAGGAAUACGUAGACUUUUGCCGCAUUCAAUAUGCUAACAAUCAUACGCAGAUUAAAGUGAUAAAUGAGUUCGAAGAAAAAUAUCAGCCUUCAUCAUCUAUUUGGUGGUAUACACAGGCACGUUUUAUCUAUUCGACGUUGGAUGAAGCCUUAAGAAAUCAAGAUACUGAAAUUGUGAUCAAGAUGGGAUUUUUUCUUCGAGAUCUUCAUUAUCAAAUUGAACAGUUAUAUUCGAAAAUGAAGAAUCAUGAUCGUCUGAAUGUUUUUCGAGGACAAGGUGUACUGCUGACUGAAUUUGAUAAGAUAAACAACAGUAGAGGUGGUCUUUUAUCGUUCAAUAAUUUUUUAUCAACCAGUACUGAUGAAGACGUGGGAUAUAUGUAUGCGGACAGUGCACGAGGGAAUCCUGAUCUGAUUGGAAUCACAUGUAGCAUAGAAAUCGAUUCGUCUAUUUCAACAGCACCGUUUGCUUCUAUAGACGAAUUUAGUAACUUCCAAGGAAACGAAAAUGAAAUUCUCUUUUCGGUGCAUACGGUGUUUCGAAUUGUUGAUAUGCAAGAAAUUGAAGAUCGAUCAUGGCAAGUCAAUUUAACAGUAACCAGUGAUGACGAUCCACAUUUGACCAAUCUUACUAAAUACAUACGAGAUGAAAUCAAUGGAUCAACAUCCAUGCAUCAAAUGGGUCAGCUAAUGAUUAAAAUGGGUAAAUUUAUUAAAGCUGGAAAAAUCUACAAAAUACUACUCGAUCAAAUUUCUGACAAUGAUCAACAAGAAAUCGGUCACCUUUACCAUCAGUUAGGCAUUAUAAAACAAGAGAAUGGCGAUCUAUCAGAUGCACUUGCAUUCUUUUUAAAGACACUUGAUAUUAUGCAGCAACAUCUUUCACCAAAUCACUCUGAUCUAGCUAUCGUCUACCAUAACAUCGGACUAGUGUGCAGAGGAUUAGGAGAAUGUCCAAAGGCACUUUCAUACUAUGAAAAGUCACUCGAAAUCGAAUUAAAAUCUAUUUCAUCCGACGAUCAAAAACUUGCUACUACUUAUUGCAAUAUUGGUUUGUUGUGUAAGGAUAUGGGAAAAUAUUCGAUGGCACUCUCAUACUGUGAGAAAGCAUGUGAAAUUCAACAAAAAUCUCUUCCGAUCUAUCAUCCGUUCUUGUCUACUACAUACAAUAAUAUUGCUUUAGCUCAUUAUGGAAUGGGGAACUAUGUAGAAGCACUAUCUUACUAUGAAAAAAACACUUGA